AGCUGAUUAGUCACAACAUUUGACCCAAAUAUUCUUCACACUUCACACUUCCAGUACAAAACAUUCUCAGUGUGGAGCUGAACAUGGCACGCAGAAAUAUCAACAUGGAAUACGCCAAUGUACCCAAGGCGCCAUCUACUCCUCCAAUCUCCUCCAAUGAUAAGAAGUGGCUAACAUUGGUUCUUUUGAGUUUUGGACUACUGUGCAUCCUUCAAGCUACCCUGAAUGUUACACUGCGCAUUUUUCUCUACUCUGAUACAAGUAUUUUGGAUCCAGAUGGGAUUUGUAACAAUUUCACAGUUCAGAAACAAAAGGAUUUAGAUCAGUAUUUGCAAAAUGGUUGGGUGUACUUCAAUACAAGUUUUUAUUACAUUUCACUUGAUAAGAGAAACUGGCAGGACAGCAGAACCUUCUGUCACGAGAGAGGGAGCGAUCUGAUUGUGAUCAACAGCAAAGAUGAGCAGGAAUUCACAAGGAGGUUUCAUCGCUUCAUGUGGAUCGGACUGAGGAGCAUUUCACAGGGACAAUGGAUGUGGGUGGACAAUACAUCGCUAGUCACAAGUUACUGGGCUCCUCAAGAACCUAGCGAGGGAAAUAAAGACUGUGUCCAAGGGAUGCUCUUUGAAAUAGAAGAUACAUGGAGCAGCUUGAACUGUGAAAAUAAAACCUACUGGAUUUGUGAGAAGAAAAUGGCUCUUUAAAGUGAAAGUUUAUAAUUAACAUUGAUUGAACUGUAGUUAGUGAUGAUAGCCACCCACCAAGCCCUUCGCAUAGGACUUGUUUCAAGUCCACAGUUUCAACAUGAAAAUCAUAGACUAUUCAUUAUAGAGUUUUAUCAAAGAAGAGCAAAGGUUUGAUAAAAUUGUUAAAAGAUUAAACAGCAUACACCAGCAACACAGAAUAAAGUUGUUGGUUUUUUUGGGUUUUUUUUAAACAACAACAUAGUCUCCUUUUAUCAGUAUUCUGUUCUCACAGGGUGUGUUCUCACUUGUUUGGUCUUCUGCUUUAACCGACAAAGCCGGUUGCUUGUACCAAUAUACUGUAAGUUAAACUUACUUACUGUACAAAAUAAACUUACUAAGUUUAUUUUUUUCUGGUCUAUAAUAUACAGAAGUGUAAAUGAAUGAAUGGAUGUAUUUUAAUAUGCUGUGUUAUGUAAAAUUUACAUUAAAACUAAAGCUUCUUGGUUUCAAAUGUGUAACUGUGUUUUAUAAAUAGUUCAAUAGAACAGGUUCCCUUUUGAGAUUAAAGAGGAAACUAGCAGUAAGAAUGAUGAAUGUCUAUGACAACACAUCUAAGUAUGUCCGCAAGAAUAAAAGGUCAAUAAGAACCAGCUCUAGAAGAGCCACUGAAACCAACACUGAGGAUGAAGCUGCAGACUCAGGAGCAAGAACAGUUCGAUUGGUCACAGUCAGUUUCGGACUCCUGUGUAUUUUACAGGCUUCUCUCAAUGUUGGCCUCCGUCUAUACCUUGAAAGCUUCAACACAAAAACAUCUGAAGAGAAAAAUGAGCUCCAGAAACUCUAUUCAAUUCUCAACAUGAGUCACCAAAAUCUGUCUGAAGAAAGAGCUGAGCUACAGAAAAUGUAUUCACUUCUCAUUGCUAAAAACCAACAUCUGCUGCAAGAGAAAGUGGAACUGGAAACAUUCAAUUCCUUCCUUAACAUGAGUUACCACAAUGUGACUGAAGAAAGAGAGGAGCUAAAGAUUAAGUUGUCUUUCUUUACCGUGAGGUAUGCAAAGAAAUUUCAAGAAAAUGUUUCAGAGCAGGACCGGUCAUACUUCAGAGGAAGCUUCUAUUAUGGUUCAAGUGCAAAGCUUUCCUGGGAGGAGAGCCGACACUUCUGUCAGAAAGACGGUGCUGAUCUCAUUGUCAUUAACAGCAAAGAGGAACAGGUUAAUUGUGCACUUGGUUACAGUUACUAGUACUACAGAGGCUACUUGCAUAAAAAUUAGUUUGUUGUUAUUUUGAUAUUGGACAGGAUUUUGUUAGAAUAUUUGGGGGACGCAGAUGGAUUGGACUGAGUGAUCGCGAGUCUGAAGGAGAUUGGAAAUGGGUGGAUGAAUCCCUACUCAAACAAAGUUUUUGGUAUUCUGGAGAACCAAAUGAUGAGUAUGGUGAAGACUGUGUU